AUGGAGAAGACAACCGAGGACACAGUAUCCUCGCAGGAAGAAUCUCAGGAAACGGCCAAUACCUCGCUGACACAACCAGCCACUCAGCCGCCGCCUGCGCUUUCGGAGGAGGAGAAAUCACGUCUCUGGGGUUAUCUGGUUCCUACCUCAGCAAGACUCCCCCGCAUCGAUUUUUCUCGGGAGAAACACGUUUACAUGAUCGGUCGUCAAUCAACUACCGGGCAGCGCAGAGUUUGCGAUGUGGAAUUCGCUGGCAAUGGCAUUAGCCGCAGGCAUUGCCGGUUGGAAUGGAAUGGCGAAGAUGGAGAGACAGCCAUGGUCAAGGUAACGGAUCUGUCCACGAAUGGCACAUUUAUUAACGGAGUUCUUAUACCUCCUAAGAGCUCUGAACUCUUGCGCGAUGGAAACAUCCUCGCAUUCGGACCCCAACCAAAGGAGCGUUAUCAGUUCCAUCUUGCCAGGUUCGAGUUACCAAAAGCAGGAUUGCUUCACUCGUACACGCUUGCCCACUUUCUCGGCAGUGGGGCAUUCUCUACGGUGAUGAUGGGCAUGCAUCGUGAGACGGGGAAAAUAUACGCGAUCAAGAUGAUCAAGAAUAAAGCCAGACCGAUGGUCAGCCCAGAUCCAAGCCGCGCUGAGGAUAGCUUAGUAUGGACGUACCAGAAAUUCGCCGGGACAAACGAGUUCAAGAUCAUGGAGAGACUCCAGCAUCCAAAUAUCUGCGAACUCAAGGAGUUCUUCAUCGAAGAGAAUGGGGACAUCAAUCUUGUGUUGGAGUAUGUCGACGGAGGCGACCUUCAGGCCUACGUCGCUAGGGCCGGCCGAAAAUUAAACGAUCACGAAGUACAACAUGUAUCCUAUCAGAUUUGCGAUGCGCUAGCCUACAUUCAUGAACAAGGAGUCGCCCACCGUGAUCUCAAACCUGAGAAUAUUCUUGUCACGAAAGGCGAGCCUGUCCAAGUAAAGAUCGCGGACUUCGGACUCGCUAAGAUGCUGGUCGGCGAGACGGAGUUGAGAACUAGAUGCGGAACGAGACCGUUCUGUGCACCCGAAAUCCUACUUGGGCUCGACAGAGAAAAAGGAUACAGCCUCAAUGUUGAUAGCUGGAGCGUCGGCAAUAUUGUUUAUUACAUGUUUGUCGUCCAUGGGGCCUAUAAUCCCGAAUGUUGGACCCUGGAUAGAAGGGGGAACGUCGUCGACCCGGAUAUAGACUGGGACUCUCUGGGUAACUCGAAUGCCAGCCCCCAAGCCGUUCUCUUCAUCAAAUGUCUGCUAAAGCUUGAUCCCAGCAACCGGCUGGCUCUCAAGGAAGCCAUAUAUCACCAAUGGUUUGCCUAUUACUCUCCUCCCUUGCGGAAAGCACCCGAAAAGUAUCCAAACGUUCUUAAGGAGAAGGGGAAGAAGAACGUGAAAGUCACUUAUCUCGUUACCCCCCAAAACUCGCUUUCCCAUAUCCCCGGGUUAACUCCCCCUCCGCGACCAAUAUCGACAUCCACCAUUACGGCGGGGGAUCCUACGCCUUCCCCCUCUCCACGACCACAGCAACCCAUGCCCGUGCUCCCUGUGGAAGUUGUCGAUCCAGAUGGUUCAUUGGGCUCCAGUUUUUCGGACAUGUCACUCAAGGAUGACAAGGACGAGGAAGCAGGAGAAAGGACGGAUAAUGAAGAGGAGCCCAAACCUGAUGGACCGCAGAAGGCUCUCAAACGCGGCCAUUCUCAAGUCUCUUCCAACAACAGCAUAGGUGGGGAAGUGGCUCGACCAAGCGGGACAGCUCGAGCUGCAGAGGCGACCCCAACACAAAGAAAUCGCGUCCCCCGAGUUCCUGCCGGCAGGAAGAAGCCUCGGAUUGAAGAAUCCUAG